AUGACCAAACCUCAACCUCCUUGGCUACUUCGGCUUCAUUCCCUUCUCCUCCACUCUCCACCCGGUCCUCCGACCUCUAGGCUCCACUCUCCGUUGGAAAGGUAUUACUGCAGCUUAGCCCUCUGUUCUCUCAAGGAGAUUGGAAGGUUUGUUAGGGAUCGAACUAGAAUUUAUUUUUGGACCAAUAAUUGGGCGGCGGAUGUUGGUCCUCGUAUCUAUCAUGUCUCAG